AUGGAAACCAAUGAAUCAUUGCCUAUGCGCUGGGAUGUACCGCCACGAAAGAGAAUAAGGUUGGGCAGCGACGACAUGAGCGCUGAAGAGGAUGAGAUGGCCAAGAAACAUCGCAGAUAUCACGAACCACUGGCUGCGAAGGAAGAAAAUCACAAGAAUCCUUCGGCCAAUAAAUUGGAUCCUCAGGUUGUCGGAUCUUUCAUGGUAAAGCACAUUCCUGCACAGUACAACCCUCAAGGGCCUGUUACACAGUCCGGCACCUCUCGCCAAUCAGAAUCCAACACAAAGUUCUGCUACAGACAUCGCCCCGAUAUGCUGUGUCGCAGACAAGCCGAUGAGCCAACCAUGGACAAGUUACAGCGAAAUCUCGAGAAACUGUCCGAGAACGAUAGGCAGGGCAUCGUUCAGGUCUGGUCACUUUUCUCUGCUGCACCUUCGAAGCAUCGCAAUUUGAUGUUGCAGGGCAUCCUGACACAAUGCUGCUUUCCUCAACUGUCCUUUCUCUCCGCCAAUGUACAAAAGCUCAUCAAGAUCGAUUUUCUCUCCGCCUUACCUCCGGAGAUAUCCUUCCGAAUCCUCAGCUCGCUGGAUACCAUUUCCCUAUGCAAGGCCGCGCAGGUCUCUCGAAAGUGGCGACAGCUGGCCGACGAUGACGUGGUCUGGCAUCGUAUGUGUGAACAGCAUAUCGACCGAAAAUGUAUCAAAUGUGGUUGGGGUUUACCUUUAUUGGAUCGCAAGCGAUUACGAGCGUCUAAAAGACAGAUGCAAUUGCGUGCGGCUGGAAAGGGUAUGAAUGUUUGGUCUCCCGCCGGAACUCCGAUUUUAGAGCUGGAGAAGGAUCCUAUAUCACAUAUUGUCGAAACACCCAAAAGUUGUUCUCAAGAAGGGCAAGUGACUUUAGUAAAGGGCAAGGCGGCAUCUAUAGAAUCCCCUAAACAGGACCUGACACAACUGAAACGCCCUUGGAAAGAUGUUUAUCGCGACAGAUUCCGUGUGGGCAAGAAUUGGAGGCGUGGUGUUUGUACGACGAAAGUGCUAAAAGGCCACUCGAACGGUAUCAUGGCGUUACAAAUCCAUGACAACAUCCUGGCCACGGGUUCUUACGACACAACCAUCAAGAUUUGGGACCUUGAUACCGGCAAAGAGAUCAGGACCAUUCAAGGCUAUCCUGCCAAUCCUGAUGGUCAUCAUGGUGGUAUCCGCUGUCUGCAGAUGGACGACACCAAGGUGAUCAGUGGAAGCAUGGACACGACCAUCAAAGUGUGGAACUGGCGUACGGGCGAACAUGUUGCCACCUAUCCCGGUCACAAUGCUAGUGUCAUUGGUCUGCAUUUUGAUUCCGACUCGAACAUACUUGUGUCUGGUUCUGCAGAUCACACAGCCAAGGUUUGGAACAUCAAAAAGAAAUCGGUGUGUACACUCCAGGGUCAUUCUAAUUGGGUCAACUCGGUCAAAAUCGAUACAGCUUCCAGAACAGUAUUCACGGCUUCAGAUGAUUUCACGGCAAAAUUGUGGGACCUCGACACAAGAAGAUGCAUUCGCACCUUCGAAGCACACGCUGCGAUGGUUCAACAGAUAGUUCUUCUGCCUCAAGAAUUUGAUGCUGAAGACAACACGACCGUGGUUGGAGAUAAUGCUUCUGAUCCAGGAAGUCCAGAAAGUCGUCACACCAUGGCUUCGUCUUCCUUCUCUGGUCACGAAUCACCAGAGCUGGCACAUCGUCUACUGCCUGCUCAGCGGCAGGCUCCCGACGCCUACUCAGACACAUUUACAGACGAUCGACCAGAACCACCCAAGUACAUGAUCACUUCGGCACUUGACAAUACGAUCCGGAUGUGGGAUGUUUCAACAGGGCGUUGUAUACGCGUGUUCUUUGGUCACGUUGAAGGUGUUUGGGCUCUUGCAGCGGACACUUUACGAAUCGUUUCAGGCGCCAAUGAUAGCUUGCUCAAGGUCUGGGAUCCAAGAACUGGAAAGUGCGAAAGAACAUUCACUGGACAUACUGGUCCGGUUACUUGUGUAGGAGUCAGUGAUUCGAGAAUGGUAUCUGCGGGUGAAGAUAAUGAAGUGCGAGUUUAUUCCUUUAGUGAUGCGGACUGUCUUUAG